CCGCUUUAUCGUCAUUGGAAGGUGCUAAGAUCUUGACCUCUGAGGCGCCUGACCCUUCUUAUGCAUCUUUCAUCCAAAAACAACUUUAUGGCUGUGGCAUUCUGGAUACACAGUCUUCCAAGCCUAUUGUAGCAAAGCCAACUAAAAGAGUGAUCUCUCACAAUGGGGAAAUGACAGUGGUUUGGACAUGA